AUGUCUCCAAAAUCCGACAGCACCCAGAGAAGUGAGAGAGACCCCUACUAUGAUGUGUCUGAUGAGGAUGACCCUUCUGCUUCUCCACCCUGUUCUCCAGCCCCUUCUGCUGGGAGUGAGGGCUGUCUGCUAAGAGAGGGUUUGCCUUUCGCUGACCUCAGAGAGCCACAGCCCAAAAAGCAAAAAGGCAGAAGAGCACGAUCACAGGCCAAGAGUGAAGGGACUGUUGUUAAACAGAAGAAACAUCGUAGGGUGAAAGCCAAUGACAGAGAAAGGAACAGGAUGCAUAACCUCAACUCUGCCUUGGAUACCUUGAGAAACGUCCUGCCAACAUUUCCUGACGAUGCCAAGCUGACCAAGAUUGAAACUCUGAGGUUUGCUCAUAACUAUAUUUGGGCUCUGUCUGAGACCCUGCAGAUGGCUGACCACAGCAUAUUCAGCAUGGGGCUCCAAGACAUGAGAGACUCCAUACAGAAGACCUGCCUAAUGGUGGAUCUGGCAAGCCCAAGUAGCAGCUGCAGUUCCUCCAGUGACUGGGACUCCCUCUACUCCGCAGUGUCCCAGGGAAGUAGCCACAGUCCCACAGAGUCCAUGGACGAUUUUAUCUCUCAGCCCCACUCCUGUCUGCGGCACACUGCCACAUUCUCACAGUUUCUGUGA